CGUAGUGACUGUCGAUUGCUGCACUAUACAAUGGCGUCCAACCUUCACCACAGGAGUGGACACAUCUGCACCCAGCUGUAUCAUCAGCUCUACCAUCUCAAGAUGACCUUCCCGAGCAGCUGCUUGUUGUAGAUUCCGAUCUCGAGUAUGGGCAUUUCUGACGCUAUAUUAUUCCUUGCAAUGUGCUCGCACGAUAUCGAACCGACCUUGCAUGAUGGCUUGAUUAAGGGGGGUGGCUCCAGCAUUCGUUGCUGCAAAAUGCUUGAUCCGUGCUUAAGCGGCACCCGACUACUUCCAAGUGUUCGCUCUUCACCGCUCUCAUCAGCGAAGUAUAACGCUCAUUAUCCGCAAGGCCGACGAACAAUCUCUGCGCAACAGCUGGUGGGUCCACUAGUCCGUCGUCAGUCAUUAUCACAUAAGGCUCAUUUCGAUGCACGUUGUCGUGAUCCUUCCGUUGUCCUUGCAAGACUUUGGCUUCGUGCGCUUAGUUUUUUGCGAUUAAUUUCUUGGUGUUGUCGUCGUUGCAGCAAUGACCUGCACCACAACCGUAAGCUUGCUCCAUCAACUUUGGAAGCGCCUCUUGAUCGCGUCCGCGCCGGAGUCCCCAAGGGUCAAAUACAUCUGCGAACUGGUGUUGACCUGGAGACCAUAUCCCGACAUGAACAUGAUAAGGAAACUUUUCCAGCUGGUUGAGAGUCUGCGCUGUGCUUACAGUCGUUGUUUCCUGUUCUGAGUACCUAUUUUAUAGGUUGAAGGACUGAAUAUUGCAUAUCAGUGAGAAUGCUCAGACAUUAAAUUAGCUCAUGCCUUUUCCAGAGAGUUCUCAACUGCCCUACACACAGCGCGAUCUUGAAUUCAUCUGUUCGGUUUAGGAAGAGAGCCAAAGCGGUCAUGGUAAUGGACGAGCCGUUGUGCGAGAGCGUGCAAGUCAUGAAAAGCGCGAAUGUGCCAUUACCGGUAGUGAUAAUUCUGGUUUUCGCUAGCAUGAUUGGCUAAUUUGGUUCAGGCUAGCCAUCCGUGAAUCUCACAGUUGCCGUCACGUACACCUGCAGG